AUGUCUUUGACUGGACGGCCGCCGGAUCUGCAACCUUCUUCAAUUCACCCAGACAAUCCCUCAGCCAAAGCGAUUACUUCAACACCCUUACCUCUGAAUUUCAAGUCAGCGCUCACAGGUCAAAGUCAGGGGACGUCGGAUACAGCAAACCAAUGGCUCUUCGUUGGCGAGCAGGAUCUUAUUUCGGGCACUUUCGGGGGAGAACCAUCCCUGCAAAUUUCAGACAGUUUCAGAGACAAGCUGUGUAUCCCAUGGAAGAAAACGUCGGUCAUCGGGCUGUUGGGACGCUCCAUCUCCUACGCCUACUUGUGCAGUCAAAUACGAUGGAAGUGGAGACUAACAGGCCAUCUAGACAUCAUGGAUCUCAACAAUGAUACGUUCUUAGUGACAUUCAACAACGAGCAAGACUACCUAACAGCUUUAACCGAAGGUCCGUGGGUGAUCCUGGAUCACUACUUAGUAGUCCACCAGUGGUCUCCAUCUUUCCGCACGGGGCAGAAACCUCACCGAUCAGUAGUUGCUUGGAUUCAACUCCCAGAACUGCCGGUUCACUUUUAUCACAGGGAAGUUUUUGUUUGCCUUGGGGAAUCUUAUUGGCCGCACAGUGAAGCUCGAUUAUCACACAGAGCACAGGAAAGGGGAAAAAUUGCUCGAAUUACGAUGGAAUUGGACAUGUCCAAGCCGGUGCCAACUCGAAUCUGCCUUGAUGGGUUCUGGCAAGCGGUGCAGUAUGAAAACCUUCCCCUGAUUUGCUUCGAAUGUGGCUGCGUCGGGCACACGGAGGAAUCCUGUUUAACUAAGAGAUCUCAAUCGACCAUGGAGAUAGUGGUGGCUCAAUCCGGCUAUGGACCCUGGAUGCAAAAAGGGAAAGCGGUCAAGGAGACAAAUACCAGCAAGACCUCCCACAAGACUACAACGAACCAAGUUUGGCGCCCGGUUGGGCCGAAUGAAGCUUCUUCGUCCAAGCACGAUCAGCCCACCGAAAGGCCCACAACCAAUAAUAAAACGAAUAAACAGGGUUCGGAGUCUACUGGGCCCGUGACACAAAUUUUAGGCCCGAACAACACUAAUAUCCAAGUGGUGGUCGUUCCAACUCUCCAGCUUUCAGGGAAAGAAAACCAUGACCCAACGUCGAUCAGGCAGCACUACCGGAAAAAAACAGAGGGGAAACCACUGACUCAGGAGAAAAAGAGAGGUCUAAGCCUCAAGCCGAGCAAGAAGUCGGUGAUAGUUCCUUCCACCGCGAGGCGAGAACUCAAGUGGGAACUGAGCCGGAAUGUGAAGAACCCGUCUUUUCCAAUCACUAUCCAAGCCAUUGAAGCCCUCUUCACCAACAAUCCAAAUUUGGCAACUCUGGCUACCCAACCAGCGAUUGGGAACAACGACGAGUGUAUGGACAAGGAGACGGUGUCACGAGACAUCUCGGGGAUUCCAGGGAUCAUUGCGAGCCAGCAGGCCCCCAUCCUGAAUGAGACUUCGCCGAAUUGA